CUGGAUUGGAAUGGAAAUGCUAAUUUAAAAGGUCAAGCGGAGCUGCGCCUCACGUUUUUGGCGUCCGUGUGCUCGGUACGGGCGGAGCAAACAAAGACCCGGCCAGCGAAGCCAGACGCCGAGAUUCCUCUCGCCGCUGUUUCCCCAAAAUAGUUCUGGAAUCAUGCCUGAAAUGCCGGAGGACAUGGAACAGGAGGAAGUAAACAUCCCUAGCCGGCGUGUUCUAGUUACUGGUGCCACAGGGCUUCUUGGCAGAGCGGUUUACAAAGAAUUUCAGCAAAGUAACUGGCACACCAUUGGCAGUGGCUUUCGAAGAGCCAGACCAAAAUUUGAACAAGUGAACCUGUUGGAUUCUGAAGCAGUUCAUCACCUCAUUCAUGAUUUUCAGCCUCAUGUCAUAGUACAUUGUGCCGCAGAGAGAAGACCAGAUGUUGUUGAGAGUCAGCCAGAUGCUGCUUCCCAGCUGAAUGUGGGUGCCUCUGAGAAUUUAGCAAAGGAGGCAGCUGCGAUUGGAGCAUUUCUCAUCUACAUUAGCUCAGAUUAUGUGUUUGAUGGCACAAAUCCCCCUUACACAGAAGAAGAUAUACCAAGUCCCCUGAAUCUUUAUGGCAAAACAAAAUUAGAUGGAGAAAAGGCAGUCCUGGAGAAUAAUUUAGGGGCUGCUGUCUUGAGAAUUCCCGUUCUGUAUGGGGAAGUUGAAAAGCUUGAGGAAAGUGCUGUGACUGUUAUGUUCGACAAGGUACAGUUCAGCAACAAGUCAGCAAACAUGGACCACUGGCAGCAGAGGUUCCCCACACAUGUGAAGGACGUAGCCAGUGUGUGCCGGCAGCUGGCAGAGAAGAGGAUGCUGGAUCCAUCCAUUAAGGGAACCUUUCACUGGUCUGGCAACGAGCAGAUGACCAAGUACGAAAUGGCAUGCGCGAUUGCUGAUGCCUUCAACCUCCCCAGCAGCCACUUACGGCCUAUCACUGACAGCCCUGUCAUAGGAGCACAACGCCCCAAAAAUGCUCAGCUCGACUGCUCCAAAUUGGAGACUUUGGGCAUUGGCCAGCGGACACCAUUUCGGAUUGGAAUCAAAGAAUCGCUCUGGCCUUUCCUCAUCGACAAGAGAUGGAGACAGACCGUCUUCCAUUAGUUUAUGUGUUGUGUAUUUUUUUAAAUGAAAAGGAUAGUGUGUGGCACUUUUUCAAGAAUAAAGGAAAUAGUUUUGUAUGAGUACUCCUUAAUUGUGACUCAUGAUCCUUCAGGCGAAUGAUGCUGUUGCACUAGGGGGAUGUCGGACAGACUGAGGGCAGGGAUGCCCGGUUUGCAGUCAUGGCUUUCUGUUGUUGUUUCGUUCUCGCUUACUUACCUUGCCGUUCAAGUCAUGUGAAUUAUGAUUCUUAGUGUCCGAGAGCUGGGAUAAAGCAGACUGUUAGACUUUGGAUGAAAUGCAUUGUCCAUUCCUAUAACUCCCUUUUUUGUUUUGUUUUGUUUGUUGACUUUUGUAUAUUGAUAGUUUCAGUGUAUAUAGAAUCCUAUAGAAAUCAUUGGUGUUCAUCAUUUGCUUUGCUUGAGCCCAGAUCAAAAUGCUUGAAGAAAAGAAAACUUUAUUUUUGCAACUUUGAGUGUGGUUUUUACGCUUGACUCUUCGUGUGUUCCGUGUAUGAGUGCUUGUGUAGCCUGACACCGCCUUCAUAGCACUGUGUGGCAGACACUGGGAGAGCGCGCGCAUGCGCGCGCGUGUGUAUUUUUAAUAUAAAUACAUAUCUGUCUCUUUCACUCUGUCACCAAGUGAAAUUUCAUACAUGUGGUUGUAAUAAUGAGCCUUGUAUGUCUUUUGAUCACUUAUGAAUAACAAUAAAUACUGCUGGCAUGUAA